UGUGUCAGAUUGUGACACUAAAGUGACGUUUGCCAUUACGUACCUUUCUGUGACUGCUACCAAAUAAAGCAGCACGUGCGAAAAUGCGUAUAGAAACAUGUUAUUUUUGCUCGUCCAGGAUUUAUCCUGGACACGGAAUCCAAUUCGUCAGAAAUGAUUGCAAGAUUUUUAGAUUCUGCCGAUCAAAAUGCCAUGCUGCAUUCAAGAAGAAGAAGAACCCACGUAAAACUAAAUGGACUAAAGCCUACCGUAAGACCGCUGGCAAGGACUUGGCUAUCGACCCAUCUUUCGAAUUCGAGAAACGUAGAAACACCCCCGUCAAGUACAGAAGAGAAUUAUGGGCUAAGACUAUUGAAGCCAUGAAGAAGGUUGAGGAGAUUAGGCAAAGGAGAAGUAACAACCACAUUAUGCAGCGGCUAAGGAAGGGCCGAGAAGUGGAAUGGCAGCGAGAUGUCAGAGAAGUUCAACGGGAUAUCUCACUUAUCAAAUCACCAGCAGCUGGCCUGAAACAGAGACAACUUGAAGAAGAAACAGAGAUGGACAUUGAACCUGAAACCAUUGAGGUAGUUGACGCUAAGGGCCGCAAACAAGUCAUCGAGGCACCUGUCAUGGUACCCGCGACCGGAGAGAUGGUGGAAGACGGUGGAGAUAUUGAACUGUAGUAAUAAUUAUUGUAAUACAACAUUGAAGUCUUAAAACAAGUUUCGAGUUACACAAAUUCUAGCAGGAAUCUUUUUUUUAAUUUUAGAUUUUAGAAAAAAUCACUGUUGUUAAAAGUGUUUAACCUGAUUGACUGAUUUAUUUUGUGCAAAUUCGUUUCAAUUAUGAAUACGGUCUGUACAUGUUACGUGGUAUUUGUUUAUUAUAAAAGUGACAAUUGCUUAACAUAACAAAUUUUUCAUUAAUUAUUUCAUUCAGUUAUGAAUAUGAAUAGUGUGAAAUGAUAUGACUUAUUUAUUAAUUCAUACACAUGUAUGACUUCUACUAAUAUUAUAUGACAGUUUGAUACUACAUUUAUUUCACUUGUUGUACAGGUGAGUAUGCUCUAGGUUAACUUAAUAAGUACUAUAUGUUUAAUUUCAUAUGUGUAGUUUUCAUAUGAAUAAAAUGAACAUCCGUAUUUCGUUUCUUUAUUUUUAGUUUGAAACUGAAAAUUUCUUGUGUUAUUCAUUAGUAUAAGUUAGUUUUAAGUUUCUUUUUACUUUGUAACCUACUUAAAAGUUACUAAGUAAAAAGAUGUAGUAAUCAAAUGGUUAUUACUUUGUAAAUAAAUUACAUUUUAAGCUA